CCUCGGGGGAGCGACCCCACCACCAGCAAUACUUCUGAGGCCUGGAUGCUGAAAUAAGGCGAGCGAACUGGCAGCGCUCGAAUAACUGGGCCUAACCGGCCACCCGGAAGAGUAACCUGGCUCGGGAGGGCCCUGGAGACGCGCCUGGGUUCGGGGUCGGGUGCGAAUGUGGCUCGCGUUCUAGGCCUCACCGAGUGAGAAGGUUGGAAAGAGGCUGUUUUAGCAAGUGUCACGCCAUGCUUUUGCCAAGUUUCCAGUUAAAGAUUGACAUUGCUGCAUGAACAUUUCCCUGUUAAAAUGUCCUUGCCUCUUACGGAGGAGCAGAGGAAAAAAAUUGAAGAGAAUCGGCAAAAGGCUCUGGCCCGUAGAGCUGAGAAAUUAUUAGCAGAACAGCAUCAGAACACAGUCUCGGGCUCCUCCAUUGCCUCCAAACCUUCCCAGUCCAAGCAGGGCCCUUCCAGACACCUCCACCAGGAUCCUUCUAAGUCAGGGAGCCAUGGUGUUGUUUUCAAGCAACAGAAUCCCAGGAGUUCAUCUGAUGGUGAUCAGAGACCUCAAAAUUCCCACAGUUUUCAACUCGGCACCUCAGAGCAGGCAAAGGGGACAUGGCAGAGGCAAGAAGAGAUGCCCGCAGCCUGCCCGAGCCACCGCCCGCCAAAUCAAGUGACUCUCGCUGGGAUCUCCCCUCCCUUGGCAAACAGUCCUCCAGAGGUCUCCAGCGAACAGCUCUGGGUUUAUGGGGUAGAGCAAGGUCAGAUUCAGGCUCCACACAAGACCAAAUCGACACCCUUUGUUAACACAACUCAUGAGCCUUUGGCCAGAGCAAAGAAUUUCCAGGAGACAGCAGCUUCUUCCUCUGGACAGCCUCCCAAGGAUCCUGAGUUAGAGGCCAGGAUGGCAAGACCCUCCACCUCUGGGCAGAACGUUUCAGGGAGUGUGAUGCCCAGGACAGAAGAAAGACUACAACAGAAAUCAGGGACCCCACUCCACAAAGCAGCAGGCUCCCAGCAGGGAACAUGCAUAAAAAUCGGUGAUCGUUUCCAGGUGAAGAUUGGGUACAACGAGGAGCUCAUUGCAGUGUUUAAGAGUCUGCCCAGCAGACGCUACGAUCCUGCCACCAAGACGUGGAACUUCAGCAUGACCGACUACGGUGCCCUAAUGAAAGCAGCCCAGCACCUCCAGGCUGUCGCUCUGCAGCCUUUGGAAGGGGCCGAGGGCCACAUGGAGUCACCCUCUACCAGCAGCAGCAUUGCAGCCCAGACCUGCCUUCCUGUAGCUCCCUCCCUUGCCUUUGUCAAAGGGCAGUGCAUACUCAUCUCCCGGGCCCGCUUUGAGGCAGACAUCAGCUAUUCAGAAGACCUGAUUGCGCUGUUUAAACAGAUGGAUUCCAGAAAAUACGAUGUCAAGACCAGGAAGUGGAACUUUCUCCUGGAAGAGUACAGUAAACUAAUGGAAAGGGUGCGCUGCCUUCCACAAGUUCAGCUGGAUCCUCUGCCCAAGACUCUCACCCUGGCUUUUGCCGCUCAGCUCCAGAAGACGUCUCUGCGUCCCGUGGCAGACAUCCCCGAGGCAGACCUGUCCAGAGUGGAUUCCAAGCUCGUGUCUAACCUGCUGCCCUUUCAGAGAGUUGGAGUCAAUUUUGCCAUAGCGAAAAGAGGCCGCCUGCUGCUUGCUGAUGACAUGGGCCUGGGGAAGACCAUCCAAGCCAUCUGCAUAGCCGCCUAUUACCGGAAGGAGUGGCCGCUCCUGGUGGUGGUACCGUCAUCUGUGCGCUUCACCUGGGAGCAGGCCUUCCGUCAGUGGCUGCCGUCUCUGAGCCCAGACCACAUCAACGUCGUGGUGACUGGGAAGGACCACCCGACAGCUGGCUUGGUCAACAUUGUCAGUUUUGAUCUUCUGAGCAAGUUAGAAAAGCAGCUAAAACCCCCUUUCAGAGUUGUCAUCAUUGAUGAAUCUCACUUCCUCAAAAACAUUAAGACUGCCCGCUGUCGCACAGCUGUGCCCCUCCUCAAGGUUGCCAAGAGGGUGAUCUUACUGUCGGGCACCCCAGCCAUGUCCCGGCCGGCAGAGCUCUACACGCAGAUCCUCGCCGUCAGGCCGACUUUCUUCCCUCAGUUCCACACCUUUGGACUUCGCUACUGUGGCGCCAAGCGGCUGCCCUGGGGAUGGGAUUAUUCAGGCUCCUCCAACCUCGGGGAGCUGAAGCUCCUGCUGGAGGAGACGGUCAUGCUGCGACGCCUCAAGGGCGACGUCCUCUGCCAGCUCCCAGCCAAACAGCGCAAGAUGGUGGUGGUCGCCCCAGGCCGGAUCAGUGCCAGGACCAGAGCUGCCCUGGAUGCCGCGGCCAAGGAGAUGACCACCAAGGACAGCACU